AUCGUAUGAUUUAGGAAGCAAAUCAAUAACGCACAAAACCUUAAUUAAAACAGGCAAUCGAUCAAGGCUACCUGGAAAAAAAAGAGAAAAAAGUAGUUUUGUUCACUUCUCUGACUUGAAAAUGGAUCAAACCAGAAUUGAAAACCUUAUCCUGGUCACUCGAGACCAAAACGGCAUCGCAACGAUCACAAUAAACCGUCCCAAAUCGCUGAACUCCUUGACGAGGCCUAUGAUAGUUCGCUUAGCCCGUCAAAUCAAUGCCUUAGGUAAGGACGACUCAGUUCGGGUCAUCAUUUUGACGGGAUCGGGUCGGGCUUUCUGUUCGGGUGUGGAUCUGACUGCCGCGGAGGAGGUGUUUAAAGGGGAUGUAAAGGACGUGGAGGCCGACCCGGUUGCCCAAAUGGAGCAGUGCAAAAAGCCCAUUAUUGGAGCUAUUAAUGGGUUUGCAGUUACCGCCGGGUUUGAAAUUGCACUUGCUUGUGAUAUUUUGAUCGCUUCUAAAGGAGCUAAGUUUAUGGAUACACAUUCAAGGUUUGGGAUAUUUCCUUCAUGGGGCCUCUCGCAGAAGCUUUCACGCGUUAUAGGGGCAAACAGGGCACGGGAAGCAUCUCUAACGGCCAUGCCAAUUUCUGGUGAGCAAGCUGAGAGGUGGGGCUUGGUUAACCAUGCUGUGGAAGAAGGUAAAGUGUUGAAGAAAGCCCGAGAAGUUGCAGAGGCCAUUAUAAAAAAUAAUCAAGACAUGGUGUUGAAAUACAAGGCCGUUAUAAAUGAUGGCCUGAAGCUGGACCUGGCUCAUGCUCUUUCUCUAGAGAAGGAGAGGGCUCACGCCUACUACAAUGGCAUGACUAAGGACCAGUUCCAGAAGAUGCAGGAAUUCAUAGCUGGUCGGAGCUCCAAGACACCUUCUUCAAAGUUGUAAAUUUCUAAAUCUCGGAAUUGUUAUGAUAUUGUGAAAACCAACAUGUUUCCUCCUUGAAGAAGGGAAAUUUGAAAUCAAUAAAAAUUAUUUACUCUCCACUCAA